GGACCCCCGGGACCCCCGGGACCCCCCGAGCUCCCCGGGACCCCCCGAGCUCCCCGGGACCCCCCGGGACUCCCCCGACCCCGCCAUGGUCUGCGGAGGCUUCGCCUGUUCGCGCAACGCGCUCUGCGCCCUCAACGUGGUUUAUGUGCUGGUGGGGGUGCUGCUGGUGGCCGUGGCGGGCUGGGCGCGGGGCCUGGCCGGGGGCUCCAGCCCCCCCCUGCUCGGAGGAGCCUUCGCCGUCGGAGUCUUCCUCCUGCUGAUCGCGGGGCUGGGGCUGCUCGGGGCCCUGCGGCACCACCAGGUCCUGCUCUUCUUCUACGUGCUGAUCCUGGGCCUGGUGUUCCUGUGCCAGCUGGGCGUGUCCUGCGCCUGCCUCGCCCUGGGCCGCGACGCUCAGAGGUGCCAGUUCCCCCCGGGGGGAGCCCCCCCGUGCCCCCCCCUGCGCCCCCCAACUGCUGCAGCACUCGGACCAGGCCCUCAAGAUCCUGGGGGGGGUCGGGCUGUUCUUCAGCUUCACCGAGGUUUUGGGGGUCUGGCUCGCCCUCCGCUUCCGGAACCCAGCGCGACCCCCCGCGCCAACCCCGGGGCCUUCCUAUAGCGGGGGGGGCCCGGGGGGGGGCACAGCUCCUCUGGGGAGGGGUCCCCGGCCCUGAGGGGUCCCCAAAUGCUGACAGCUGCCCCCCCCGCAGCCGCAUGAAGCACUGGGGACAAGGACACCCACCCCCAAAUCAUGGGGUGACCCCCCCCACCGGCAGGGCUGUGACCCCCCCCUCACAGCAGGAGGGGGCCCGGGGCAGAGCCCCCCCCCCCAUCUCAGUCUGAGCUCUCCAAACUGGUUUGUACUGGUCGUUCAGACACCCCCAGCCCCCACGGUGUGUCCUCCCCCCCCUGCCCGGGGGGGUCACGGUCACCCCCACACUGGGGAGGGGCACACGGGGCAGGACCCCCCCCCCCAACAGCGACUCCCCCCUCCUCCCAGUCUGACCCGUCCCAAACUGGGGGGUGCCCCCCCCAUACACUCCCCCCUUGGGGGCUGGGGGGGGGGGGGGGGCUGAGGAGGGGGGGUCACAACCUCCCCAAAUCCAGCAGGGGCCCCCCCCCAUCCCAGCACCCUAAACUGGUCUGUACUGGUUUAUACCAUGACUGGGACCAGUGACCCCCCCAGUGUGUGUGUCCCCCCCCACCCCCCAGACCCAAUGUGGGGGGGGGGGGGAGCAGGGGGACACCCCCCCCCCCCCGCUGCCACCACGGGGGGGUCACGGUGUCCCCUCCCAAUAAACACACCACCC